GGUGUUGGCUUCGUCCCCUCCGCCGUGUCCCGUGUCCUCUCCGCCGUGCGUGGCGGUAGGAGCCGGGGGAAGGCCGAGCCCCGCCGUCGGGCUGGAUCGGCCAAGCCCCGUGAGUCUGCGGGGCCUCCACGCGUGACACAGGGACGGGGACGGAGCCUCCACGCGUGACACCGAGAUAGCGGCAGAGCUGUGGGCUGUGACACCGGCACGGCCGCAGGACUGCGUGGGCACUGGCGCGGCACGGUCACAACACCGGUAGCGCUGUAGGACCUGCACAGGGUGACACCGGGCGCUGGCCAUGGAGCCGGGCACCAUCGACAACCUGUCCAUCCUGUACCAGAGCUCCGACUUCAUCGUGGUCAACAAGCACUGGGACCUCCGCAUCGACAGCAAGAUGUGGUACGAGACACUGACCCUGCAGAGCCAGCUCAAGUACCGCUUCCCCGAGCUGGCCGACCCCGACACCUACUACGGCUUCAGGUUCUGCCACCAGCUCGACUUCUCCACCAGUGGGGCCCUGUGCGUUGCGCUCAACAAAGCAGCAGCUGGAAGUGCCUACAAGUGUUUUAAAGACCGGCUGGUGACAAAAGCUUAUCUUGCCCUGGUCAGGGGCCACGUCGGGCAGAGCCGGAUGACGAUUCACUACGCCAUAGGGAAGAACACAACCGAGGGCAUGACCCACAUGAUGUGCAUCGAUGGGACAGAGGGCUGUGAAAAUCCCAAACCUUGCCAGUCGGAGCUGAUCGUGCUCGAGCACGGGUCCUACAGUGGAGACCCUGUAACCAAAGUGCUGCUGCAGCCGCUGACAGGGCGGACUCAUCAGCUCCGAGUUCACUGCAGCGCCAUCGGCCACCCCAUCGUGGGGGACUUCACCUAUAGCCACAAGAAGGACAACAGUCCCUAUAGGAUGAUGCUCCAUGCCUACUACCUGCGCAUCCCCACCGGCAAGGAGCUCAUCGAGGUCUGUGCUCCCGACCCCUUCGUCACCGCCAUGGACAGCAACUGGGUGCCCCACCACGUCACUCACCGGCUGGAUGAGACCAUCCAAGAGCUGAAGGACCAGAUGCUGCAGAAACAGGAGGAGGAGGAGAGCCAGGAAGCCGUGGUUGGUGGUGGUGCAGAGGAGGCACUGAGUGAAGCCAAGAGCCCGGAGACAGAGGAGCAGCGAGCCCAGUGCGAGCAGUGGUUGGCCGAGUGGGCUCUGGAGUGAGCACAAGCCACGUCUCUGCAUUUCCAGCCCAAUGCUCCCAUUUUCGUCCCAGUGGGUCCCCGCAGAGCCCAGCACUGACUCCACAUCUGCACUUUCCGUAUGCCAUGGCUUCCCUCACUUCUGGGGCUGGGAUUAGGCAGAUUUUAGCAGCGAUUAGGAUGGGUUCAUUUUUUAAUGUUACACAUUAUCCAUCUGGCCACUGGAUGCCCCUUUCCUAAUUGCAGGUCUCCGCAGCAGAGUCAGUGUGUCACGUACCAGCUUAGAGUGACCCCAAAGCUUUACGUCCCUGUUGCAGGGCUCGGGCGCAGCACAGACGCCGCGUUUGCUGGGAGCGUGAUGGACGUAGCCACACACCCUCAGCACUGGGAUGCUAAAAUACAGCGCAGCAAAGGGCAGGGAGAACAUCCUGGCUGCAGCUUGGGUGCCCUUGUUCCCCGUUCCCACUCCCUUCUCUCCAGCCUGCUGCACUCAUGGGUAUACUCAUUGUGGGGGAGUUGGGGGAUUGGUGAGGGGGCUGAAAUGCAGCCCAGGGACACCGACAGCCCCCCACUAGUCCAGGGGCAGCCCUGGGUGUUUUGCUCAGUGCAGGAGAUCCCUGCCUUCCCGUCACUGCCUACGUGCUUUCCUUCCUGCCUCAGCCCAUGUGUGGUUUUUUUAAAGGUUUGAUGAAGGCAAGUGAGUUGAUACGAAUAGGUUUUAAACUUUUUUCAAAUUUCUAUGAGAAGAAUCUAGUCUUUUAGCAGUUCUGAAAUACGGGUGGUCUCAGAAAUGAGUGUAUUUUUAGUACUUCUAUGGUCAGAUAGCAGCCUAAAGCUUUUUUAAUAGAUAUUAUUAUUCCUUGUACUGGCAUUGCCUUUUCCUAGCAUCCACUUUUAUCCUGGGUGUGGACGUAACCCCUGCUGAGACAGCUCAGAAGACACAAGCCCCUUUCUGCUUUACCCAGGUGAGGGGGAAUAAGUAUCAUGUUUUGGUCCUGUCACACGGCUCCUCGCUGGCAGGUUGCUGCAGGGGUGUCCGCAGCGGAGGCAGAUCCUUUGGGUGGGCAGCUUGGGAGGGCUCUGGAGCAGUGAGAGUGGCCAAGGAAAUGGUUGAAGCUGAGAGGAAGGACUGAGAAGAGUGGGAAGGAGCCCAGCUCUCAUGCCGGUGCUCAGCUUUGCAAGAUGCCAAGAGGUUUCUCUGGAAGUGCCCUUGCUUUGCCAGUCAGCGAUGUGCUGCUUCGCCCUCUCCUUCCCAUCCUGCUCAUCCUCUGCAGCCCAUGGAGGAUGUUUAGAAAAUGAGAGCUGGGUGGCUGGCGUGGGCUGGGGAGGGACAGAGGUGGCUGGAGCCCAUUGCAUACAGAACCCGGGGGUAUCCAGCACUGAGCCACCACAUCAGCAGAGUAAUUGUCAUCCCACAAGCUCUGUCCCAUUUAAAAUGCACCUGACAGUGGUUUCACGCAACUACUAUUCCUACCCUGAGAGGGAUAAAACGGCACAGCCCUCUCCUCGUGGGUGAACGCACUGGGCGGGUCACCGAAACCCCGUGGGGUGUUGCAUCACCCGUCCCAUGCGGGUGCUGGUGGGUGCGAGCUCAGUGUGCUGUGGCACACAGCUGGGGACGAGGUGGCCGUCACCUCACUUUGAUGGCUUGGUGGGAGGCGCUGCCAUCUGCUGCAGGGUGGGGACAGGCACCGAGCGAGGACUGUGGGCUCAUGAGCUGGUGGCAGAGGGCUCAGGGGGGGUUUGGGGGAGCAGGGAUCUGUAUCCUUCCUCCCAGGCCCUGUCCCACCUCCCAGGAGUGGCCAGGGAGGGGAGAGGCAGCCACAGGCGGGUCCCGAAGCUGUAAAUUAACGCCAUGAACCUGUUUGCCAAAGAAUGAACGUGGGUGAUGUGCACAGGAGGUCCGGGAAGGUGACGGGUGAGAUUUGCAGCAUCAGAGUCAGGACACAGCCUCCCCUCCCACGGGUCGCGCUGUGGGAAUGGUUCCUGCCACAUGACAGGGGACACGUCUGGGAUGAGGCUGCCCUUGGCCGUGGGGAUGUGGGGACACGCCAGUGCCCAUGCACAAGGGGACACCGAUCAGUGCUGGGGGGGCUGGCACUCGGCACUCGCCCCGCAUCAAGCCCCCACACCACCCAUCAGCCUUCAUUGUGUUGCACUUUUACCCAACACUGCGGGAACCAGAGAACUUUUCCUCACCCUGCAGAGAGGUGUUUUCCACGCACCCUUCCUGACUCCCCUCCACAUCCAGCCCCGCUCCCUCCUCUCUGGCAUGUGUUGCAUCGCGUGUGAACCCACUCGUGCAUUAGGAUCGGGGUGGGUUUGCGAUGGGUUGUGUGUCUCGUGAUGUUCUGUACAGCUUGUGAUAACCCUUACUUCUUGUUGGACGUUACCGUAGUAAACCAUUACCUGUGUAUCCUGCAGUUCA